AUGUUGCAAGGAAUGCCCAAGCGGAGUGGGUCAAUCAGCGAGCUGCACGACCCAUUCUCGAGCCCUGAUGUAUACUACGGCCCCGCGACGGACCCGCGGCGGCAGAAGCAGCCCAAUAAGUACUCGCGGACGCGGACGAUGAGCAUCAUCGAAAACGUUUCGACCUUCAAGAGCGCGGGGAAGCAGUACAAUAUCAGGCGCCGAGGCUCUGAGGACGACUCUAUGUUGGCCAGCUCGGGACACCGCAAGUUCUACAUCAAGGACGUUGACAAGACGUUGGAGGAGCUCUUGGAGAGCGAGGACACAGACGGCAACUACCAGAUAACGAUUGAGGACCGCGGUCCGAAAACAUUGCGGGUCGGCACCGCCAACUCCAACGGGUUCCGGCACGUGCAGAUCAGAGGCACGUACAUGCUCUCCAACUUGUUGCAGGAGUUGACCAUCGCAAAAAAUUUUGGGCGGAAGCAAGUGAUUCUCGAUGAGGCCCGCUUGAACGAAGAUCCGGUUAAUCGUCUCACGCGAUUGAUCACGCAUCAGUUCUGGGACUCCUUGACCCGGAGAAUUGACUACAACAGUAUUGCCGCCAUCGCGGCAGAUACUAAGGUCGACACCCCUGGCGCGAAGGUGCCGCGGAUUUACGUGCCCCAUGGCUGCCCCGAGCAGUACGAGUAUUUCAUUGAGUGCUCCCAGUUGAACCCCUCAUUGAACCUCGAGGUAAAGUACUUGCCGGAUGUGAUCACGCCGGAGCACGUGCAAUCAUUGAACGAAAGCCCGGGGUUGCUUGCUUUGGCGAUGGAGAGUCACAGGGACCCAAUUACCGGUGAGAGUACAUUGGUUGGUUUUCCCUACGUUGUUCCGGGCGGUCGUUUUAAUGAACUUUACGGCUGGGACUCAUACCUAAUGGCUUUGGGUCUUCUAGACUGUAACAAAGUGGACAUAGCACGUGGGAUGGUUGAGCAUUUCAUCUUUGAGAUAGAGCAUUACGGUAAAAUAUUGAACGCCAAUAGGAGCUACUACCUCUGUCGGUCACAACCCCCGUUCCUAACCGACAUGGCUUUGAAGGUCUUCGAAAAGUUCGGUGGUGACCAAAAUCCUACCGCUGUGGAUUUCUUGAAAAGAGCAUUCAUCGCAGCCAUUAAGGAAUACAAGAGUGUAUGGAUGGCAGAACCGCGGUACGACAAAACCACGGGUCUUUCAUGUUAUCAUCCAGAUGGUAUCGGUUUCCCACCAGAAACCGAGCCUGACCACUUUGACGCAAUUUGCCGGAAAUUUGCGGAAAAGCACAAUGUAACGAUUCCGGAGUUCAGGUGCAUGUACGAUGCCGGCGAAGUACACGAGCCCGAACUAGAUGAGUUCUUUUUGCAUGAUCGUGCUGUACGUGAGAGUGGACAUGACACCUCUUACCGUCUAGAGAACGUCUGUGCUUACUUAGCGACGAUUGAUUUGAAUUCGUUACUAUACAAGUACGAAAAAGAUAUUGCAUAUGUGGUUUCCAAGUACUUCGAUGAUAGUAUUACUGAUUAUGCUGGUGAAACCACCACUUCUUCUCAUUGGGAGGCACUUGCAGACAUUCGUAAGCAAAGAAUCACGAAAUAUUUGUGGGACGAGGAAACAGGCUUUUUCUAUGACUACAAUGUCCAUAUUGGAAAGAGAACAUCUUACGAUUCUGCAACAACAUUUUGGGCCAUGUGGGCAGGCUUGGCAACCCAGGAACAAGCCAACGCUAUGGUCGAGAAGGCAUUGCCAAGGCUUGAAAUGCUAGGAGGCCUGGUUGCCUGUACUGAGGAGUCUCGGGGUGAGAUAACAAUGAAUAGACCAAGCAGGCAAUGGGAUUACCCUUAUGGUUGGGCCCCUCAUCAAAUGCUUGCUUGGACCGGGUUAGAUAAUUACGGAUUUACAGGAGUUGCAAGAAGGUUGGCCUAUAGGUGGUUAUUUUUAAUGACCAAGGCAUUUGUCGACUACAAUGGUAUCGUAGUAGAGAAAUACGACGUUACCAGAGGCACAGAUCCUCAUAGAGUUGAUGCCGAAUAUGGUAACCAAGGUGCAGACUUUAAAGGUGUUGCUACUGAAGGAUUUGGCUGGGUCAAUUCCAGUUAUAUCUUAGGUUUGAAAUUUAUGAAUACUUAUGCUAAGAGAGCUUUAGCUAACUGCACCGUCCCUGAUAUUUUCUUUAAGCAUAUGAAGCCAGAAGAGAAAGCUCGGUAUGCCUUGAUCUGA